CUGCACUACGGGACCCUCCUGGGCAGCAGAGCUUGUGCCCACAUGGCAGCAGCUGCCUGGGCCAGUGCCUUUCUCAAUGCUCUGCUGCACACAGCCAAUACAUUUUCCCUGCCCCUGUGCCAGGGCAAUGCCCUGGGCCAGUUCUUCUGUGAAAUCCCACAGAUCCUCAAACUCUCCUGCUCCAAAUCCUACCUCAGGGAACUUGGGCUCCUUGCUGUUAGUGCUUUUCCUUUCUUUGGUUGUUUUGUGUUCAUUGUUUUCUCCUAUGUGCAGAUCUUCAGGGCCGUGCUGAGGAUCCCCUCUGAGCAGGGACGGCACAAAGCCUUUUCCACCUGCCUCCCUCACCUGGCCGUGGUUUCCCUGUUUAUUAGCACUGGGGUUUUUGCCUACCUGAAGCCCCCCUCCAUCUCGUCCCCAUCCCUGGAUCUGUCCCUGUCAGUUCUGUACUCAGUGGUGCCUCCAACUGCAUGA